GAAGGAGUGAGUCUGAUUGGCAGGGCGUGGCCGACAGCUUGUGGCAAACAUGGCGGAGCGCGGGAGGAAGCGGCCCUGUGGCCCGGGUGAACACGGCCGAAGGGUCGAGUGGAGAAAAUGGAAGCAACAGAAGAAAGAGGAGAAGAAGAAGUGGAAGGAUCUUAAGCUAACAAAAAAACUGGAGCGGCAGCGGGUGCAGGAGGAAGAAGCAAAGCGCCAGCAGGAGGAGGAGGCAGCUGUGCAGAGGGAGGACCGGGGACGGCCCUACACUCUGAGCGUGGCCUUGCCUGGCUCCAUUCUUGACAACGCACAGUCGCCCGAGCUUCGCACCUACCUGGCUGGCCAGAUUGCCAGAGCCUGCGCUAUCUUCCGUGUGGAUGAGAUUGUGGUGUUUGAUGAAGAGGGCCAAGAUGCCAAGACUGUGGAAGGGGAAUUCAGGGGAGUUGGCAAGAAGGGGCAGGCGUGCGUGCAGCUGGCCCGGAUUCUGCAGUACCUGGAGUGUCCACAGUACCUAAGAAAGGCAUUCUUUCCCAAGCACCAGGAUCUACAGUUUGCAGGGCUGCUGAACCCCUUGGACAGCCCACACCACGUGCGCCAGGACGAGGAGUCUGAGUUCCGAGAGGGCGUCGUGGUGGACCGGCCCACCCGGCCAGGCCGCGGCUCCUUCGUGAACUGUGGCAUGAGGAAGGAGGUGCAGAUCGACAAGAACUUGGAACCUGGACUUCGGGUGACUGUGCGGCUGACCCAGAAGCAGCUCCCAGAAAGCAAGACCUACCGUGGGAAAGUCGUGUCGUCUCAGGACCCGCGCACCCAAGCUGGUCUCUACUGGGGCUACACAGUUCGACUGGCCUCCUGCCUCAGUGCAGUGUUUGCUGAGGCCCCCUUCCAGGAUGGGUAUGACCUGACUAUCGGAACAUCAGAGCGAGGCUCGGAUGCGGCUUCUGCCCAGCUUCCCAGCUUUAGGCACGCUCUCGUGGUAUUCGGGGGCCUCCAGGGGCUGGAAGCUGGAGUAGAUGCUGAUCCCAACCUGGAGGUGGCUGAGCCCAGUGUUCUCUUCGAUCUGUAUUUGAACACCUGCCCCGGCCAGGGCAGCCGCACCAUCCGCACAGAGGAAGCCAUCCUCAUCUCCCUGGCUGCCCUGCAGCCGGGCCUCACCCAAGCAGGCGCCCAGCACAGCUGAAGGUUCUGUUGGCACAAGACUGGGAAGAAGCAGUGAGGAAGCCAGGGGUUCCUGAGGGUCACCUGGGACUGACACAGAUGAGACUUUCUCCAAAAAUAGCCACCUUUAAUGUGUGUGACCCAGCCCCACACCCUCAGUCUGGCUGGGCUGCCGCCCUCACUUGCUGCCUGCGGUGAUGGCCUUCAGGCUGCUGGCCCGCGCCAGGAUAUUCGGCACAAAGAGCAGCCCUGAGGCCCGCUCAAUGCUCUCGAUGGGCACCAGGAAGCGCUCCAGCGGGAUGGCCUCGUCCACAGGCGCGUUGGGCAUCACGUAGGAGCGGAGCUCGAUUUGCCCGCCUGCUGCCUCCAGGAUCAACACCUUGAAGAAGUGCGUGGGCACUGCCACGUGGUUCUUGCCAAUCACCUGGUACUUCACAUAGGACUUCCCAUCAGCCUCUGUCCUGCAGGCAAAUCCAGGCACAUGGCCUUUCAGGGCUCCCAAGGUUGCCACCUCCAGGAAGCAUUCCUUGACCUGACCCCCAACUUGUGUCAGUCACAGGGCGCACUCACUCUGACCCUGUUGUCCUCAUGCCCAACACUGGGUGUCAAGCAGAGCGAGUGUUGAUGACAAUAAAUGUUACUGAAAGAA